AUGGUUGUUAACAUCAAGGAAGCUGCACGUAUCACGGAGGCGUGGGAAGAUUUUCUACAGGAGAAAUACAACAACAAAGCGCGUUCCGACUUCCGUGACUAUGAGACUGCAGCGCCCAAUGUUGCCGCCUUCUACAAGGAGAACCACGAAAAGCAGACAUUAGAGCAUGUGCUAGCAAUGAAGAAAAAAUAUGAAAAACUUGACAAGGCGGAGCUUGGGAUUUGGGAGGUGCUUGAGCUAUUAAACGGCUUGGUGGAUGACUCGGAUCCAGAUACGGAAAUGCCACAAACCGUUCAUGCAUUGCAAUCGGCCGAGGCUGCACGACAAGAUGGUCAACCCCGCUGGAUGAUUUUAACAGCGCUUAUCCAUGAUCUUGGUAAGUACCUUUUCUUCCUCGGCGAACCACAAUGGACGGUCGUUGGAGAUACCUUUCCCGUUGGUUGUGCGUUUAGCAACAAAGUCGUGCACAGCGAAUACUUUGAAGCCAACCCAGACUACCACCAUCCAGUAUACAGCACCCAUGACGGCAUUUAUACACCGCAAUGUGGUCUGGAGAAUGUACAUUUAAGCUAUGGUCAUGACGAAUAUCUCGCCAAUGUAUGCAAGGAUCAUCUUCCAGAAGAAGCUGUAUACGUGAUCCGACAUCAUUCAUUUUAUGCAUGGCACCAUGAACACGAGUACAAGUGGUUGAUGAAUGAGCGCGACCAUGAAAUGUUCAAAUGGGUCAAGGUUUUCAAUCAGUACGAUCUUUAUUCCAAAUCUUCCGAUCCACCUGACGUUGACAAGCUCAAGCCUUAUUAUUUGGAUUUGAUAGCUGAAUUUUUUCCAGAAAAGAUUCGAUGGUAA